UUUUUUUUUCUUGUUAGAAACAUACGCAUACAUUGAUAUUCCCCUUGUCUCUUUUUCUUUCACCCCUUGUUUUAUAAAGACAUUUCUUUUUCUCUUUUCUCUUACCUUUUUUUCUUUCUUUUUUUUUAAAAAAAAAUCAUGAAUGUACAUCGUAAAAAGAAACCAGUUGAAUUUCAUUUUGUGGACAUGAAUGAUCCUGAAAGGUACAAAAAACUCAAAGUUGCUCGUGCUUGUGAUUUUUGCCGCCGUCGUAAAUCAAAGUAAAUAAAAUAUAAUGUGAUAUCGGUAUUCCUGGUUCCGGCACUUGCUCAAAUUGCCAAAAGCAUCAAAUAGUAUGCAUUUUCUCUCCUGUGUCAACUGGUCGAAUAAAUGAAAUGUCUACUGCAGCUACCGCCAACAAUGCUAUUAUUCCUCAACAAGGCCGACUAUUGCAUGGAUUCCCUUUAUUGUUAAUUCAAGAUGCACAAGUAGGAUAUGAAAGAGAACCUUUCUAUCAAAAACAACAAGUCUCUGUUGGCAUGUCUAUCCAUGAACCUUCAUUGUCUUUUGAAUCACAAUUGUUCAAGAUCUAUUUUGAUUUUAUACAUCCUGCUUUGCCUCUCUUGUUAAAGCAGUCUAUUAUGAAUAUUCACUCUCAAGAUAGAUUGUUAUUAUCAAAGGGACUCAGAUAUGCUAUCAUGGCAAUUGCUUGUCAUUUUAUGCCUCCUUCUAGUGCAACUUCUAUGUCAUCUACACUUGGAUCUUUUCAUGCAUUUGACGAUUUGCAUAUGAAUACAGCCAUUUAUUUCUAUGAGACAGCUAAAAAAGAAGUCGAACACGCACAAAACACACUACCACCAAGAUUAGAUACUGUACAGACACUGCUUUUAUUGUACAAACAUAAAGAGAUGAUGAAUCAAUCACACCUUGGUAUACAUUACCUUGAAGUCGCACAAGACAUGCUUGGUAGACUACAAGCUAUCAUCCCUCAACAACAAGAAAUGAUUACUCGUGCACGAUGGAUACUUUUUAGUUGUAUAGGCCUCGGCAAUCUUUCUGAUCAGCAUCUCAGCCGCCUAUACAACCAAUUUCAGCUACCUGACGAACUUCCUCAUCCAUUGGCUGAAGAAACAGCAGAAAAAGAUGCAUCGGCCAUUUCUGCGGCUCAUCAACGUGUAAAUCAAUUUGCUCAGAUUGCAAACCUCAGCCUUCUUUAUUCUCAUACAGUACACUGCUUAGCAACUGGCUCAACAUCCCAGCUCAUAUGUCUCAAGCAAUUCAGAGAGAUCAGGCAACAUUGGCAUGACUCUCUGCAUCCCAUUACACAAAAUCGACUGGUAUCUCUGUGUACUUUUGAUCAAGAAGAAAUUGAUAUCUUGAUUUUAUACAGUGCUAUACUUUAUGAUAUGCUUUACCUGUUGUUGAUUCAAUAUUAUCAUUUACCCGAAACCGAAUGGGACAUUGUUGAAACGGCAUAUCGAUUACAACGAAUGAUACAUACGUGGGUCACACAAACAUCAUUUAAAAGUGCCAUUCAGAGUAGACGCAUGGCCUCAUUUGGUCUCAUGCUUUGUCUAGACAUUCAUUUGUCAAGAGAAGAAGAACUGAUUGAUUUUGAAAUAGUUGAACAGAUCCGACAGAUUAUUGCACAUACACAAGUUGAUCCUAGAAUCGAUCAAGAGCUUAUUGAACUGUACAUUCAACUCAUAGACAAAAAGAGCAUGAUUAUGAGCAGCAACAGUAGUCAUAGUAAUCAUAAUCCUAGUAGUAGUAGUGACAUGAUACAGCAACAACCUAUGGAUUAUUUCAGUCUGAUUCCUCAACAUGUCAUGCAUUCUGCAGCAUCAUCACCUCUAGAUCACCCACCGUCAUCUACACCUGGCUUAUGGGACAUGCUUUCAACAACAACCAAUGGUGGGCUUAGUACACCAAUCAGAGAAGAAGAUAACUUGAUGCUUGGACAGACAACAGAAUGGAUUAUUGAACAACAAAGACAACAGAAUCAACAAUUUCAACUGUAUCAUUCACAACAACAACUUCAACCAUUUAGUCACACAGUUGCCAACACAGCUCUCUUUGCACCAAACACGAUUACAGAACAUACCAUUGCUAUCACACCAUACCAUCCUGCUGUUACUACCACAACUGCUCCCUCUACCUCUGUCGCUGCUACUAUUCCAGAAGACUGUCUUGAUGACUUUUAUAUAGGCAGUUGGAGCUCGAACAGUAAUACAGUCGAGCACUUUAAUCAAAUGAAGAUUUAAUUCAUAUACAUUUAUACAUACAUUUAUACGCAUCAUUCUUUUUUAUUUUAUUUUAUUUGCAUAAACCAUAUUAUUUUCAACGUUCUUGUCUAUUUUCGUCAAUAAUACCAGCCAUUUUUAACAAC